AUGGCUGUAGGCUCGCCCCCGCGUAUUUCCAAGCGACCCCUCCAUCGACGAACCCCGUCCAGCCUCGAAAUUGUCCAGGAAGAGCUCCCCACCAUGGCCGAGCAGGACGCCCUGGGCACCGCGCCCAAGUCGAGGUCCGACCCCCAGCUUGCAGUCCCCGGUAUGGCCUCAAGAUUGCCUUCUAGCGAUUCUGCCGACGCUAGCUCUGCGAUACUGGACGACGCCCUGUCCUCGAAUCAACCACCGCUCUCCACUCCCGGCCUUUCGCGCUCGGCUUCCUUCUCCAACAGCUCGUACCAAGAUGACUCCGACUUCGAGGAUGCUUCAUUCUUCCCGCCUGUCGAGCGGCUGACCAUGUUCGAUUUCGUGGAGAACCUCGCCCUCAACCAGCGCAUCGAAAAGAUCCAGAGCUCGAUAGCUUCCCAGACCCAGAAAAUCAAGGACCGGGCCAAGAACAGGGGCAUCACCAAAGACCGCGUUGUCGAGGAAUGGCGACGUAGAGUACCGACCGAGGGCGAACAGCUCGACAAGUACCGCAAGCGUAUGCGCCAAUCUGUAGACCGCCUGAACAAGCAAUGGAAGGAGUCGGUCACAGUCACGGCUAAAGAGAAGAUAUCCUUCAUCGCUGCCGUCAUGAACAUAUUUGUCUCAGGCUACCUGGUUGGACUACAUCCCGACUUCUUCCCGUACUGGUACACUGGGCAGUUGUUCUACUUCAUGCCGCUCCGCUUUAUCACCUACCACAAGAAAGGAUACCACUAUUUCCUCGCCGAUUUGUGCUAUUUCGUCAACAUCCUAGUAGUCCUGAGUGUCUGGAUCUUUCCGCAGUCUAAGCGACUUUUCAUCGCAACAUACUGCCUGGCAUUUGGGAAUAACGCCGUCGCCAUCAUCAUGUGGCGGAACUCGCUAGUUUUCCAUUCCAUGGACAAGGUCGUCAGUCUCUUCCAGAUGAUGCUGUGGGCAACGCUCCCAUAUGCUGUCUGGCAGCUGAGCUACCACUUCUUGAUCACAGUUCGUCGACGCGAUGCCAUCAAGGCCGGACGCCCUACCAGCUUCACCUGGCUGCGCAAGUCGUACGCAAAGACAUGGAUCGGAAAGAUUGUCCUCUCGCUACCAGACUCCCUCCAAGAGUCUGCCUUCAUGGUCAUCCAAUAUCUUUAUGCGGUUCUCACUAUGCUUCCCUGUCCCAUCUGGUUUUGGUAUCGCUGGGCAUCAGGCGUUUUCCUCAUGGUCGUCUUUAUAUGGAGUGUUUACAACGGUGCAACAUUCUACAUUGACGUCUUUGGCAACAGAUUCCAGAAAGAGUUGGAGGCGCUCAAGAAGGAUGUCGCCAAAUGGCAGGCUUCUCCUGGAGGCGGUCUUACUCCUUUUACGCCCAACGAAGCUGGUAUUGAGAAGCAGUUGGGUGCAAUCCCGCCUCUCGAGGGAAGCACUGGUGUCAAGGCGGCUGAUGGAGAAGCGAGAGAGAGGAAGUAA